GCGGCGCGGGGAGCAUCUCGGCUGCCACUGAGCUUCUCCGGCGGGAGCGGGUGUCCAGCUUGGCUGCCCUUCGGUCCUUCCCUGCCGCUCUGCGCCCCGAGACCCCCGCCUCUGCUCGCUUCUCUCCGAGGCGGGCGGGGCGCCUAGCAGCUUCCCGCGGCCUCUGCACUCCGAUCCCGGGGCCGCCGCUCUCCCGGACUCCUGCCCCUCCGACCCUCACCGCCAGGGGGUGCCCCAGGGGCGUAGCGUCGCGGAGAAGACGAGGCAAACGGGACCAUGCGGCGCCUGACCCGCCGCCUGGCGCUGCCGAUCUUCGGGGUGCUCUGGAUCACCGUGCUCCUGUUCUUCUGGGUAACCAAGAAGAAGUUGGAGGUGCCGCCGGGACCUGAAGUGCCGACCCCCAAGACUUUGGAUGCCGACUGGGAAGACCCGUGGGACCAGUUUGAUGAGCGGCAGUAUCUGAAUGCCAAAAAGUGGCGCGUCGGUGACGAUCCCUAUAAGCUGUAUGCUUUCAACCAGCGGGAGAGCGAGCGGAUCUCCAGCAGCCGGGCGGUCCCCGACACCCGCCAUCUGAGAUGCACCCUGCUGGUGUACUGCACCGACCUCCCCCCCACCAGCAUCAUCAUCACCUUCCACAACGAGGCCCGCUCCACCCUGCUCAGAACCAUCCGCAGCGUGUUAAACCGUACGCCGAUGAAUCUGAUCCAGGAGAUCAUAUUAGUGGAUGACUUCAGCAAUGAUCCUGAGGACUGCUUGCAGCUCAUCAAGUUGCCCAAGGUGAAGUGCAUACGCAAUAGCGAGCGGCAAGGUCUGGUCCGGUCCCGGAUCCGGGGCGCUAACAUUGCCAAGGGCACCACUCUGACUUUCCUGGACAGCCACUGCGAGGUGAACAGGGACUGGCUCCAGCCCCUGCUGCACAGAGUCAAAGAGGACUACACACGGGUGGUGUGCCCUGUGAUUGACAUCAUCAGCUUAGACAACUUCAACUACAUCGAGUCCGCCACGGAGCUCCGAGGGGGGUUUGACUGGAGCCUCCACUUCCAAUGGGAGCAACUCUCCCCAGAGCAGAAGGCUCGGCGUCUGGACCCUGCUGAGCCCAUUAGGACUCCCAUCAUAGCUGGGGGGCUCUUCGUGAUGGACAAAUCCUGGUUCGAUUACCUGGGGAAGUAUGAUACAGACAUGGACAUCUGGGGUGGAGAGAAUUUCGAGAUCUCCUUCAGAGUGUGGAUGUGCGGCGGCAGCCUCGAGAUCGUCCCCUGCAGCCGAGUGGGCCAUGUCUUCCGCAAGAAACACCCCUAUGUUUUCCCAGAUGGAAACGCCAACACAUAUAUAAAGAACACCAAGCGGACAGCUGAGGUGUGGAUGGAUGAAUACAAGCAAUACUAUUAUGCUGCCCGGCCGUUUGCUCUGGAGAGGCCCUUUGGGAACAUCGAGAGCAGGCUGGACCUGAGGAAGAAUUUGCAGUGCCAGAGCUUCAAGUGGUACCUGGAGAACGUCUAUCCAGAGCUCAGAAUCCCCAGCGAUUCCUCCAUCCAGAAGGGCAGUAUCCGACAGAGGCAGAAGUGCCUAGAGUCUCAAAGGCAGAAAAACACAGACACGUACAACCUCAGGCUAAGCCCCUGUGUCAAGAACAAAGGCGAGGAUGUAAAAUCCCAGAUAUGGGCCUUCACAUACACCCAGCAGAUCCUCCAGGAGGAGCUGUGCCUGUCUGUCAUCACCAUGUUCCCGGGUGCCCCGGUGGUUCUCGUCCUCUGCAAGAACGGAGAUGACAAACAGCAAUGGACCAAGACUGGUUCCCGCAUCGAGCACAUAGCCUCCCACCUCUGCCUAGACACGGACAUGUUUGGUGAUGGCUCUGAGAAUGGCAGGGAAGUCGUGGUCAACCCAUGUGAAUCAUCACUUAUGAGCCAGCACUGGGACCUGGUGAGCUCGUAAGGACCCGAGCCAGAACCAGCGGGACUGUGGGUGACGUUUCCCCGGAUGACAAGCAGACUGGAAAUCAGGCUACGAGCAGCCCACAGCUACUACAGAUGCUCUGAACUGGGAGGUGGAGGGAGAACCCCCCGGACAGGAGCAGAUGUCUCAGGGAGGAUGGAGGAAGGGAGUGUAAACCAAGUGGGGCUCGGAGACAGAUCCCACGCGUUCUCCAUGCUGUUCCGUUCCAGUCCUGGCCCGGUCUGCCCCUCCCUGGAAUCUGGGGAGAGAGCUCUCACGGGGAGUGUUUAUGUUGUUUCCUUUCUUGCAGAGGAGGCCAGAGAGAAAAGCGUUUUUUUUGUCACGAGGCCUGGACUAAAUUGAGAAAGAGUGGAGGUUGUUUUCCAAAACAAAUAAAGGAACCUUAGAA